CUCCUGUGAGCUCAGGACACCUGCUACCUUCCAUUGGAAUCUUUCAGUUUCAGCUUCAACUAGAGGUAAAGAAGUCUGAUCAUGAGGCCUCUUGGCAUCGUCCUGCUGCUCUCCCUGACUCUAUGCUGCUUCUUGUAUGCUGCACGAGCUGAAGUCCGAAAUCCUGUCUGCUAUGACAUGCCAGGAUGCACCAAAGAAUAUAGCCCUGUCUGUGGCACCAAUGGAAAGACUUAUGGCAAUGAAUGCCUGCUAUGUCAGGAAAAUAAAUUAAGAGAUGUUCAUAUCCGAAUCAGAAAAGAAGGGAGGUGCUGAGGAACCACGAUAUCCUUCAUCCCAGUAGGACAGCAUCAUAGCUGGCCAGCCUGAUUCUUCAAUAAAUACAUAAGAUUGA